UUCCGCCAAUGAUAAGGCGUAGCUACAUUUAUCUCAACUUGACAGAACCGUUGUACAUACUCAACAUUUAGUACCGAUUGUGGAAGGCUGCCAACAACAUUCUACCGGACUUAAGCGGAUCCAAAAAUGCCUGGGUACAAAUGGGUGCCGUACACAGGGAUGCGGGCGACUCUCCCUGGGAUGAUUUGCGCUGGUCGUGACGCUGACGGCGCCUCUUUGGUCGUUGGUCGUGCGACCCAUAACGGGGAUGUUUUGCCGGCCAAAGCGAAACCCGAGCAUGCCGUCGCGUACGUAGCUUACGGCGGUCAGGAACACGAGAAACGGCAAUUCGAGAUUUUAAUGCCGGCCGAUUUUCACUGGGUUAUUGGACGCAAUGGUGAAGUGCCGUAUGGCGCUGUGGAAUCCGGAACAACACGUACCGGCGAAAAGCUCUACGUUGGUCGUGGCUUUCAGCAGGGAACUCCGACCGUUGGAAAAAUACAUCCGAGCCACGGCUGCCUGUACGUCCCAUUCGGAGGAAGAGAGGUAGCCCUCCGAGAGUACGAAGUUCUUGUGCAAAUGUAAUCUGCCAGUUUCCAUAGUGAAAUAGAGGUAUAAGUGCACACGUCAACUUUAUCAGAACUUGAAAGGUGUACUGCGGGUCGCGCUGUGUUCUCAGCUUUCUCGUAUAAUGCUACCUUCCGCAUUUUGCCCAUAUUCUCAUAUACAUUAGUGUUAAUAAAUCAAUAGAGUAUAAUGAACCUGUACGUCCUUCAACACCGUUUGCUAUAUACUCAAUGCCCUAGUGGUGUAUAAGAAAUAAAUAUGUAUCUAAUGUUGUCGAAU